CAGCUGAAGAAUGCACGUCUCUCUCUCUCUCUCUCUCUCUCUCUCUCGUGUGGUGUCUCUCGCCCUUUCCUGUCAGACUCUCGGACUCCACACACACACACUCGGACACUCUCUCACACACACUUUCUAAGCGAACAUGCCUGUAGUCGGAGUGGCGUCUAAACUGCGGCAGCCGGCUGUCGCCUCCCGACCGGUUCACACCACGUUACCUAUUCCUAACAAAGGUCAAAGGUCAGAGGUCAGCGCUUCGGAAUCUACACCCGUGACCUGUCAGCUGUCAGUCAAAUCGGAGCUACAGGAAAGAACCAGUCAAGAUGAAGAGAAGAGGAUCUGCAAGAUUUACACUGACUGGGCAAAUCACUAUCUGAGCAAAGCCGGCUGUCCUCGACUGAUAAAGGAUUUAACGCAAGACAUUCCCGAUGGAGUUCUGCUAGCACAUAUCAUCCAGAUCAUCGCGAAUGAGAAGGUGGAGGACAUUACAGACUGCCCCCGGAGUCACUCUCAAAUGAUUGAGAAUGUGGAGUCUUGUCUAACAUUUCUAGAAACCAGAGGAGUCAGUGUACAGGGCCUGAGCGCUGAAGAUGUGUGUAAGGGGAAUCUGAAGGUGAUCCUGGGUCUGUUCUUUGUUUUGUCACGUUAUAAACAGCAGCAGCAGCAACAGCAGCAGUACAUCCAGUCUCUGGUGGAGCUUCAGCAACACGUCACACACACACACUCACCCAAAACCCAGCAACGAGCUCCAGACAUGCAGUCCAGUGUGACAGUGCGAUACGCGAAUCCGCCCGCUCAGAGUGGAGUAGGACCUGUGCAGAAGAAAAACACAAGGUUGCCAGGUCCAUCCCGAUCCCCAGUGGUGGGUAACAGUAAAGCUCCGCCCUCAGCCAGUCUGAACCGCAGGAGUCAGAGCUUCAACAGCAUCGACCGCAACAAACCACUGCAGUACGCCAGCGGAAAUGAUCGGGAGUCGGUAAAGUCUGUCCCCCUGAUUGGUGGGAUGAAUGGCAGCGUUAGCGGUCAGCAGUUAGCAUCGGCCAUUCCUUCCCCAACGACAGGCCAAUCAUGGCGAAGCAAGUCCAUGAACAUGAAGCACAGUGCGACGUCCUCCAUGUUAGCCAGUAGCCCUGCCUCCUCACCUCCUCCGCCCACUUCAGACAGGUCACGCCCGUCACUCUCCGAUGCUUCUAAGUCAGCGCCGGGGAACCAGCGUUCGAUGCUGGAAAAGUUCAGACUGGUCAAUACACGGAUGGCUUUGCAAGAAGAGGACGAUCUGUCAGAGUAUGGAGACGAUGGUGGGACGUGUCCCAAACCGCCAGGAAAAAUACCUGCACCGUCUCCUUCACCCUCAAACAAGAACACCGCGAUUGCUAACAGCACUACGACUAUUGCUGCUAACAACAGUAAGAAUGCUAACAAAUCCUUGCCCCAACCCAAAGAUGACAAGAGUAAAAACAAAAACAAAGCUAGCACACCACCAAAAGAAGAAGUGACCUCAGAGCCGGCUAAGAAGGCCUCAAAAAUCGCUAGCCUCAUCCCUAAAGGAGGGAAAACGAGUGGAGCAAAGAAAGAGAGUGCAAUUCCUGCUUCCAGCGGCAUCCCAAAACCCGGAGUGAAGACUCAAGCAGCUUCACCCAAACCUGCAGCGGAAAAGACGAAGAGCUCCAAAGGGAGUCAAGGGUACUACGCAGGGCGCCCUCUAGGGGGAGUGGAGGGCAAGAAGGGCAGCAUGGUGUCCUCCACUAGCACCUCUGCUCUAGCUGGGUCCACAGUUACUAACUCUGGAAGUGGAGGGGGCGGAGUCGCAGGGAGCAAUGGGGCGGUGCAGUUACCACAGCAGCAGCAACACAACCACCCCAACACAGCGAUGGUCCCACCCUUCAUGUACAGGACAUGCUCAGAGAAUGACUGUACUGCAGUGGUUGCUCCUGAUGCUUCUCUUAGUCCUACUAAAGAGCUCGCCUACAACAAAACAGCCAAACAGUGCCUAGAGGAGAUCUCAGGUGAAGACCCCGAGGCGAGACGCAUGCGUACGGUAAAGAACAUCGCCGAUCUUAGGCAGAACCUGGAAGAGACCAUGUCCAGUUUACGGGGGACACAGAUCACACACAGUACUUUAGAGACAACCUUUGACUCCACGGUAACAACAGAAGUCAGUGGGCGUGGAUUGUCAGCUCUUUCCACUCGGCCUGCCCCCAUGUCAUGGCGUCUUGGCCAAUCACAAUCACAGAGCCCUCGACUUCAGGCAGGUGAUGCUCCAUCCCAUCCUGGCAGUUAUGCUCCUCCUAGGUCCGUCUCUUCGGCUACUAGUCGCUAUGGUGAUCCCUCACGCCUGGUCUACACGGCACCACUGAGAAGGGCAGCGACUACAGUGGGCAAAAAUGUGGAGCUUGGAGAAAAGGAGGCGGGGCUAGAGGAGGAAGUGGGUGGAUAUAUGAGCGAUGGGGACAUACUAGCCAAAAAUGUCCGAGCUGAUGACAUGAACAGUGGCUACGUAACAGAUGGAGGUGUGUAUUCUCGUAACGUGGGCCGUGUUCCUGACCUUCCAUCUGCACGAGAGCUCAUCCAACGGGUUAAAGAUGGAGAGGCUGACAGUUAUGAUGACAGUAGCUCGGUCAGCAGUGGUCUGAGUGACUCUCUUGAUGUUGGACCUGAUGAUGUGCACACACUGAAUUCAUCACAUAGGAGCAAGUCCAAGCAGCAGUGUAACCAGAAUAGCAGUAGCUGGUGUGCAGCUGAAGAUUUGAAAAAGGUUGAUGAACAAAUUGAGAACGUCUUAGAUUCCUCCUCUCAAAUGGAAGGGGCGGGGCUUCCCGUGUCUCAGACAGGCUCGUGGAGGCGGGGCAUGAGUGCCCAAGCAGGUAUCACCUCACCACGGAAUAAAAACAGCAACCCGAACCUCAAAACACCAGCAGGUAAAACGGAUGACGCCAAGGCCUCAGAGAAGGUCAAGGCUCCCUGUAAGUCUCCCAGCAUGCAACGCUCUCCAUCAGAUGUGGGCAAAAGCAGUGGUGAUGAGGGUAAAAAGUCUAGCAUCACCCGUCCUUCACCCACCACCGGCUCCUUUGGAUUCAAGAAAAUCCCAGCAGCUACAGAGCUAGCAGCACCCAAGACUUUAUCAGCCAAAUCAGCUGGGAAAGUGGGUGGGACCACAUGUGUGGUGGGUGGGGCCAGGAAAACAAGCCUGGAUGGGUACCGUCACCAUGAUGAUGGGGUCCUUCUGGGCAUUGGUGGGUCUAAGAUGCCCCUUCAAUAUCGCUCUCUUCCACGGCCGGCUAAAUCCUACCGGUCCAUCGACUCUUCCACAGUGAAAGGGGGUGGGGUCGUGGCUGGGGGUGGGGCAGGUCCUGGACCUGCAGGAGCUGGAACUGGAACAGUAAGUGGCGUUUCAAAAAGGAAGGAUGGAGGGAAGACGGAGUCAGGGAGGUCAAGUCCAGUUACAAUAAAUCAGACCGAUAAAGAGAAGGUUUCAGUGUCUGAGCAGGAGGGGGCAGCACUGAGCACAUCACCCAAAUCCAGCCCAACAUCCAGCCAAUCAGGACUCCGACAGCCUGGAUCCAAAUACCCCGACAUUGCCUCGCCCACUUUCCGCAGGUUAUUCGGCAGUAAGUGCAGCAGCAGUAAGCCAAGCUCUCCCGACUCCACUAAGUCCGCUCCCUUUGCUUCCCCGCUUGACUCCCCGGGAAGUGGAGGCAACAGAACGCCCGACUCUCUCUCUAAUGCCCGUCCCUUCCUCAGCAGCUCAUCUGCAGGCAGCAAAGAGACGCUGAGCAGCAUUCACACCAGCUCACACACCAGCUUACAUACCAGCUCACACACCAGCCUGCACACCAGCUCAGAAUCCAUCGAACUUCCUACGCCACAUCAUCAGCAUGCACCAAGGCUCAAAUCCACACUAUCCCAAGGCAUGACUCUUGACAGAAACACACUUCCCAAAAAGGGAUUAAGACAUCCUCCUUCGUCCAGACAGAUGUCUCAGGAAGAAGGUAAAGAAUGGCUUCGUUCCCAUUCCACGGGAGGACUGCAGGACACGGGGAGUCCCCUCUCCCCCCCAACCGGGAAAUACCACUACAGCAACCUACUGAGCCCCACCGGUGCUAUGACUCGGUCGAACAGUAUUCCGGAUCAGGAGGCCUUUGAUCUGUAUGGAGAUGGGCGAGUGUUAUGUGGCAGUAACACGUCACUGGAGGAGCGACCGCGUGCCAUCAGUCGUUCAGGAUCAUUCCGUGACAGCACUGACGAAGUUCAUGGAUCAUCCCUGUCGCUGGUGUCCAGCACAUCGUCUCUGUACUCAGCGGUGUACGCCUACAUGGAAAAGACGGAGGAAAAAGCUCAUUCUGAGCAAAUCAGAAAGCUGCGCCGGGAGCUGGACGCUUCUCAGGAAAAAGUCGCGACCUUGACGUCUCAGCUAGCAGCCAACGCUCACCUGGUUGCAGCAUUUGAGAAGAGUUUGACGAACAUGACAUGUCGAUUACAGAGUCUCACCAUGACAGCAGAGCAAAAGGAAUCGGAGUUGGCAGAGUUGAGAGAGACGAUUGAAGCUUUAAAGGCUCAAAACACAGAUGCACAAACUGCCAUACAGGUGGCUCUGAAUGGACCUGAGCAUCUACACAAAGUUCGGCGUCAACACUCCUCGGAAAGUGUGUCGAGCAUUAACAGUGCAGUGAGUCACAGCAGCUUAAACAACAAAGACCCUGAUGACAAGAAAAAGAAGAAGAAGAGCUGGGGGAGGGACAGAGGACACAAGUUGCGCAGCUCCUUUAAACAGGCUUUUGGGAAGAAGAAAAGCUCCAAGCUACAGACGUCUCAUGAUGAGCUGGAGGAAAUGACAGACUCAUCCGUUCCUGAAUCGCCGAAACUACAGCACACCGACACAGACAGCAGUACACAGGCCUUACACACGUCUUCAUCUACCACUGAGUUGUGUGAGUGUACGGAGGCUGAGGCUGAGAUCAUCCUGCAGCUGAAGAAUGAGCUGAGGGAGAAGGAGCUGAAACUCACCGACAUCCGACUGGAGGCUCUGAGUUCAGCACAUCACCUGGACCAGAUCAGAGAGGCCAUGAACCGCAUGCAGAACGAGAUCGAGUUGCUGAAGGCGGAGAAUGACCGAUUAAAGUCCAGUGGAAACUCCACCCCUUCUGCUGUGUCAUCCAAAACGCCCCGCCCUCCAUCAGAGACCUCAAGUACCUCCUCCUCGUCCUCUCGUCAAUCACUGGGCCUGUCACUCAACAACCUCAACCUCACCGAGACCAUCAUGUCCGAUCUGCUGCUGGACGACAGCUACGAGGGAAACCUGCGUAAAGAGGGACGGAGUGUACGUAUAGUCGUCACCAUCGCCGGGGGCUCCAACAGGACCAAGGGUUCACAGAGUCAGGAGUAUCUCAUCGGCUCCAUCGGCGUCAGCGGAAAAACCAAGUGGGACGUGCUGGAUGGUGUGAUACGACGACUGUUCAAGGAGUACGUGUUCCGGGUGGAUCCUUUAACAAGUCUGGGCCUGAAUUCGGACAGUAUCGUGAGUUACAGGAUGGGGGAAGUGGAGCGCUCUCACGUUUCUGAACUUCCUGAACUUCUGCCCUGUGGAUACCUGGUGGGAGAAAACAACCUUAUCAACAUUACACUCAAAGGUGUGAGGGAGAACAGUAUCGAUGAGCUGGUGUUUGAUACAUUAAUCCCCAAACCGAUAGUCCAGCGAUACCUGAAUCUGCUGAUGGAGCAUCGUAGGAUCAUCCUGUCCGGCCCGAGCGGCACGGGGAAGUCCUUCCUCGCCAACAAACUGGCGCAUUACAUCAUCACCAAGAGCGGGCGGGAAGUGAACGAGUGCAGCCUCGCCUGCUUCAACGUGGACCAGAAGUCCAGCAAGGAUCUGUGUCAGUACCUCUCGGCUCUUGCCGAACGCUGUAACUGUGAUGAAGGCGAGCGACAGCGUCAGCUCCCCCUAGUGGUCCUGAUCGAUAACCUGCACCACAUCGGCAACCUGAGCGACAUCUUCAACGGCUUCCUCAACUGCAAAUACCACAAAUGCCCGUAUGUGAUCGGGACAAUGAACCAGGGUGUGUCCUGUUCCCCGAAUCUGGAACUGCACCAUAACUUCAGGUGGGUGUUGUGUGCGAAUCACACGGAACCGGUUCGGGGUUUUCUGGGUCGGUUUCUGCGCAGGAAGCUGAUCGAGAUGGAGAUCGACAAAAACACACGCAGUAACGAACUCAUCAAGAUCAUUGACUGGAUCCCCAAAACAUGGCAACAUAUCAACACCUUCCUGGAGGCUCACAGCUCGUCUGAUGUCACCAUCGGUCCGCGGUUGUUCCUGUCAUGUCCGAUGGAGGUUGAAGGUUCUCGUGUGUGGUUCACGGAUCUGUGGAAUUUCUCACUUGUACCCUACUUAUUGGAGGCAGUGAGGGAGGGGCUACAGCUCUAUGGUAAGAGAGCUGUGUGGGAAGAUCCCUCCAAGUGGGUGAUUGACAGCUCCCCAUGGAGCUCCGCCCCCCUGCAGAGUGAUAGCCAAUCACUGCUGCCGCUGAGGCCGGAGGACGUGGGCUACGACGCGUUCAGCUCAUUUAAAGACGGAGCUUCACCGAAACAAUCGCAUAAACACACGGCGCAGAGCGACAGCGACGGAGACCCGCUGAUGAAUAUGCUAAUGAGGCUACAGGAAGCUGCUAACUACUCCAGUGCCACUCAGAGCUGCGACAGUGACAGCGCCAGUCACCAUGACGACGUUCUCGACUCCUCGCUCGAGUCGGCCCUUUAAGCCCCACCCCCUGUGAGGAACCAGGAAGUGCUAGCUUCCUUCUGAUUGGAUGUUGGUGGCCAGAGAGGCAGAAUAAACGCACACACUGGUGAAAAUGUGCAAUUAGGAACGGAUUUCACUUGUGGCCAAAUUGUUGUUCGCUGACAAACUGGAAGUUUUUUUUUUUUUUGAAGUUCAGUUAGCGUUAUCAUUGUUAAUUAUACGAGCCAGAGUGUUGUUUUUUGUCGACUUGUUCGACUCCGUGGUGCUGCUGUGGUGCCAAAAUCCGUUUACGUUUGUACGCCUACAAGCACAAGCAGGGCCUCGUCUCAUUUCCGCUACUGUGAACCCACUUCGUCAGCACUAGCGAGUUAAAGGAUGAAGCGUCGAACUGAAGCGUAACACGGCGGUGUUUUCACUGCUACUGACUGCCUGCAAUUCCCUUUUUCUCCACCAGGAGCGCUGGAGCGCCGGACGAUUAUUAUACGAAGUGGAACGAAGGGACUAGUGAUUAUGGUGCUUCUUUGCUGCCUUAAAUGUGCUGAGCUCUAGUGGACUUGUGCAAAAUUUAAGAAAAUGGAAAAAGCCUCGUCUUUUUUCCGAGAGGAUGGAAACGUAAAUCAAUAAAUGCCACGUUUGCAUAUUUUAUUUUUGUUACCUCACAAGUGAGUGUCGGAGUGUUUUGGACGCAGUGUUAUUAAAAGCGUUCCGUGUGUAAAAUAAAGCGGAUGUCAAUAAGGAACCCCAGUUGAGCUGGGACGAGCCGAACUCUGAGGACGAGCACAAAGAAGACGAGUUGCUUCGCGAGCAUGCUGUUUUUACGCCUGUCGUGUGUGUGUGUGUGUGUGAGGUUCAAAAUUUGAAGUCUUGCACAUUUUCUCAGAUUCAUUCUAAAGAAAGAGAAAACAAAAUCUUGGGAUUUAUUCAUUCAUUUAAAAAAAAAAAUCUGUAAAGUUGAGUCUGAUGCUCCUGCUCGAGGCUGGCGUUGAUUUAAAUCCUCUGAACAUCAGAGCUGUUUCGAGGAGAACCGCAAAAAUACCACAAGCCUGUCACGUUAAACAGCGUUAAAGCACUUUUCAUUUCAAACACACUGUACAUGACGACUUUAUUUGUUUUUUGUUUUUUUUAUUAUUAUUAUUAUAUGGUCACAGCUUGAUUUUAUCAAGAAAAUAAAUAAAUCUGAAUGGUUUAUAAAUGUAAAAAAAACUUUAUAAUUUAUGAAAAUGGUUUAUAAAUAAUAAAAAAAAUAUCUUUACAGUAUCAGGUGCAGAAUUGUGUAACAUUGGUGCUUUAUUAUUUAAGUUGUUCACAGCGUCCUGUCCAAAAAAAAAAAAAACUUAUUAUAAAUGUAUAAAAUAUCAAUUAAAAAAAAAAAAGAUUUUUAAAUUUUCCCGCAAACCCAAAUUUUAGCCUGUUUAUUUUUCCUGUCCAACAUCCUGUUUUUGAGGUGCCAUUACUUUUUUCAAUGCAUAAUGAAAGAUGAUAAAUGUCUUUUAGAGUGAAAAUAAAAUUCCUUUAACGAAUCAGACGGAACACAAAAGACACAAAACGACAAAGAACUACGUCACGACGAGGAACGGAGAAGGUGCCAACGAUUAAUUAGUUCAGUAUGUUCACAAAAAUAUUAUCACUACCUCAGUAUUAAAAUUAUUACAUAUUAUUUUUUAAAAAUAAAAAAAUUACAGAAAUGUCCCAUAAUUCUACUAUCAAUGACGAAUAAACACAUAAAUAACAGCGAUACAAACCCUCGAAAAAUCUUCAGAUUUCCGCCAGAGGAAAUUUCAGCUUCACAGCAUGUCGAGAAAAUAUUAAAAUAUAAAAUAAAUUAUUCAGAUUAAAAAAAUGUCUAAAAUAUUUCCCUUUUUUAUGUUUUCUUUCACGCGGUGAGGAAAGAAGCAGAAAAAAUAUCAGAAAUUUAUAGUAAUUAAUAUAUAAAUGUUUAUCACCACCACCAUCAAAACUGCACAACAAAAGCGGCAUAAAGGUUUUUUUUUUUUUUUCCCAGCUGCCAGAUGUUUAAUAUUAAAAUCCAGGAAACAGAGGUUUAUUUCAUCAAAUCAUAAAAAACAAGUGGAAAAAAAUGGAAAAAUUAAAGAACAAAGCAAAAGGUGCUCUCAGUAAGCGGUGCUUUAAAUCUAAAAUACAUUUAAUUAAUAUAAUAAUAAUUAAUAAUAAUAAUAGGCUCAUGCAUUAGGGGACAAAAAAACGACUUUUACUUUCUGAUCUUCUGCACGUUGGACUUCGACACAAAACUCGACUGUAAACUUUCUGAAGUUUGAAAGUUGUUUUUUUUUUUUCCUCCAAGUUUAAGUUUACAAAAAAUCUGUAAAGAGUGCCGAAAUCCUUCAGGUGCUAAUGACCUUUGACCUUUCCCACAGUGCUGGUCCUGAACACAGUUCGGGUUUAAUUUUUUUUUUUGCCUGAACAUUUUUUUUUCUGGAAGAAUAAAACCUCAGCAGUUUUGUAAGUCGUAUAUUUUACUGUGACGUCUACGGAGGACUAAAUAGCUUUGUGUUAAAUUUAUAAAAUUCAUACAAAGGGUGCAAAACAAUGCAAAACUUUCCUGCAUUAAUUAAAUAUAAUAUUUACAUUUUCCACAUUUUUAACUUUCCUUAAUUCCUCUUUCAUGAAAUAUUUUUAAUUCUCAAUUUUCAUAGGAAGAAAAGCAGCAACAAAAA